AUGUCACAUGACUUUAAAUGUGAGUGGUGUUAACAACUUGACGACGUUAAAGUUUCCUAAAGGACGGUGUUAAAAUUUAACGUAAUGCAAUCGUCGCGCAGAAAAAAAUCUGUCAAAAUCCCAUAAAAUGGCUUCCAAACAGCAGGAAUUAGAUAUAAUAGAGAGUUGGGAGCAAAUUGAGGAAACCGAAGAUAUCGAAAGGAAAUUAAACAAACUUAUCCCGUCCAAGAGUUUGGCCGAUACCAAAACUAACAAAUUAAACGGUACAAGUAUAGGGAUCAUCUUAACCGGAGAUGAUGCUUUACGAUCGCAAUAUGUACCACCAGAACCCACAGUAAAGAUAUUAAAACGACCGACGAAUAACCAAACCAAUAACGAUGCGAAAGUGUUUCAACCGAAGAAAACGUUAAAAGAACGAGAACAAGAAUAUGCGAAAGCACGACUUAGGAUAUUAGGAGAAGCCUCUUCUCAUGAGAAAGACGAUGAGAAAAUCUGCAUACAAAACAAAUUGAAAUCAAGUGAAAGUGAAAAUGUUUUAAGACAACCUCGAGGUCCAGAUGGUACGAAAGGUUUUACGAUACGCAGAUAGUAUUCUGUGUAUUGUAUAGAAACGUUGAUACGUUUAAUAAAUCUGCAACAAUUUUCCUUUUUUUUUAAAGACGUCUUUAAUGUUUAUAUUAAUAUAUAUACGUAAAAAUGAACAUUGAGACCGUUAAGAAAAGCCAGUCAUUUUGUACAUAUAUACAUAUUUAAAUUUUCUUUAAUUCGAGCUCUCUUAAUAUAAAACAUAAGAUUUUUCAUUUUAAUCAAAUUUUUUUUGCAUUUUUUUAAGCGUCGUUAAAACUAUGUAAUAGGGUACUUUUUUUUUAGUUUAAGAUUGCGUUAAUUACGAUAUUUUUAUUGAACGUGAUAACGAUCAUGGCUUGGCGAAGUUGCUUCAUAAAAACGAUGAAUUAUUUUUAAGGAUCAAAAUCAAAAUGUUUAUGAGGCAAUAUUUUACUAUGAUUGCUGUGUUUAAAAUUAUAAUACGGUGUGAAUGUGUUAAUUUGUAAACUAAAUAUAAACUAAAACAUUAAAAUAA